GCUAGCUCGAGCUCUUGGGCCGAGGCUUGGAUAAGCGCUGCAAGCGACCUGCGCUAUAGCACGCGCAACGCGUCCGAGCGAUUCCUGCCGGUCGCCAACGCACCGCUGCGCCCGUGGCGCGUCCAGUAACAAAACAAAGCCGCACCUCUUCCAAGCCGGCCAAGCCGUCAAACUCGCGAGAUCGCAGCCGUCCGAGCGCUGCGCCGCAGCCAUGCCUCUACCUGUAAUGGCCACCAUCCUCCUCGUGAUCGCCAGCGGCGCCGCCGCGGCCGCCGCGUGGUUAGCCGUCCUCGCCUGGUGGAAGGCGCACUUAAUACUCAUUCUACUCAUCUGGGCCGGAAUACUCCUGAAGAAAUGGCACAAGUGUCGCGGCGAUAUCUUCGCCACAGUAGGCGGCUGCAUCAUGGCGAUUCUCGUCGUCACGCUGCUGGGCAAAACUACGGCCGAGCGCGUGGCGCGCGUCGUAACCAUCACCAACAUACACUACGACCCGGAGCUCCGCAAGAAGCGGGGCAAGUGGAAAAUUCGAACGCCGCAGCGGCGGAACUCGUCGGGCGCCGCGUCUCUUUCCUCGACACUUUCGUAUCUGACCUCAAAACGCUCACUCACACAGGCUCGGCGACAUGGCCAUUGAUGUGCUCCACACUUUCGUCAUGGGUGUCCUCAUCAAUUUACAAAGAGGCGGUUCGUUAGUAGCUUUUCCUGAUGCUGCUGUCUACGGGACGAUGUUGCUGCACUGGGGCCUCAUCAAAUUGGCUCGACAUGUCGAGGCGGGCUACAAGAGCGGGGACUUCGUCGACAACGUCAACAUAUUACUAGGCGCCAUGGGCAUAGAGCAGAAGCACUUCACCACCCACUCCGCGGUCGUGCUCAUGUGCUUCCACCUGUCCAUGGGCGACACCUUCGCCAAGCGCUUGAUUCUAAGGAUCAUCAAGCCCUGGUGCUACUGGGGCGACGUGGGCAACAAAGCUCCGUUGCUCUCUGAAGAUCUUUUAGUAGUUUUACUGGCCAUCGCCGAGGAGCUAGAAGCCGACGUCGAGCAGUUCUUCGAGGCGUUAGCUGAGGCGUUCCCCGAGGGCUUGGAGCCGGGCAUCGACCCGGCAAGCGUCGACUCGCUCUGCCAGGCCGCCGUCCCGAAGAAAGUCGCGGAGGUCUGCCGCCUCGCCCUCGUCAUCAAGGACAACUGCGUGGACCGCGCGGGGCUCGUCAUGGAGGUCUACAACAAUCACAAGCAGCAGAACCUGCUGGGCGAGGUAUCAUGCAGAGUCGCAUCGAAGAGGCCUUCGACUCGUGGCGUUAUUUGAUCUAUUGGUACUGAGCCGAGCCUGGAUCGGAGCUCGGCGGGCGGCGCCACUCGUGCCGGAGCGCGUGGCCCCGGAGGCACGUCGAUGGCGUCGCGUCGACGGCGUCGCGUCGAUGGCGUCGCGUCGAUGGCGUCGCGUCGACGGCGUCGCGUCGCGUCGAUGGCGUCGCGUCGAUGGCGUCGCGCGUCGCGUCGACGGCGUCGCGUCGAUGGCGUCGCGUCGAUGGCGUCGCGUUGAUGGCGUCGCGUCGAUGGCGAUGGCGUCGCGUCGAUGGCGUCGCGUCGACGGCGUCGCGUCGAUGGCGUCGCGUCGCGUCGAUGGCGUCGCAUCGACGGCAUCGCGUCGCGUCGAUGGCGUCGUGACGAGAUAACUUCACAAUUCGAUUUCCACACAGGUCGCAGUCGAUUUACACGCGCACGUCGCCAACAAGCCGGCGUGGCUGGCGCGGGUGCGGGCCAUGGGGCGGUGUUCGAUGAUCGUCGUGAUCGGGCCGACGGAGCAGGAUCCGGGCGCGCCGCCGCUGCCGCCGCACGUGUUGAAGUUCGAUGAGUGCCAGGGCGACGACUUCGCGAGUUUCCGAUCACGAGGAGAUCCAGACCGCAUCGCCGCCUUUCUUUCGCGAGCACCAGCUGCACUCGUGUGCGCGACCCUAGCUGCUACCGACGGCGACAUCGACUCGUUACCCGAGACCGAUACGCCUGCGGAGCUUUACUCCCUGACCAGGAGCAUCUUGAAAGGUAAUUUACCACUUGUUGCUGGGGCCUUGGAGGACGUGCACGUUGUUCCGGUGACGGAUCGGGGCGAGCUAGUCUUCGGAGAUGUGGCCUCGUGGGUGCGGGAGGGCCAGCACGGGUUGAACGUCCCCGAUUCCGUGCGGUCGUUGUACGACAGAGCGACCAAUGGCUGGGAGCUGGGCUCCGUCGUGGCGCUGCACGCGUACGUGCACGAGUCCACGCAGUCGCGACGCGAAGCAUUCGCCGCCGAGUUGGCCGAAGCCGACGCUCUGAACUCGCGCGCCGUCGUGGCGCUCGACGAGGCGCGCGCGGUGGGCAAGAUCUCUACUUAUUCCGCGGUGCUCUACGAACCGUCGCACAUGAGUCUCGCCGCGUUAAAUGAUCCUGAAGAGGUCGAGCGGCGGACCUUUGGAGACACUACUUACGAAGCAUUAUUGAUGGCUUUGUCGGGUGAGGCCGUGGCCUGCCUCGACGCACGAGUCGGUAGCCAUCAAGUGGCGCGUCGCAUAGGCGAGCGGGCGGGUCUGUUGGUCGAGCGGCUGCGGGAAAACGACGCAGAGGCCGGAAGCGACAUUAUUUUUGUUGUAGCGGACGGUUAUGCAUUUGAACCAAAUAUACAGAGUCUUCAAGGCACGCCGCUUUACGAUGCUGCUCGCAGGAAGCUGGUGUUUGUGGCCGGCGUCGUCGAUGCUAUCGUGGCGAAUCCGGGCGUGGAUUUAGGUGAUCAUCGGUUGGACCCAUAUAGAGCCUACGUUGAUCUCCCCCAAGAGAAAGUACAAGAGCUCAGGGCACGGGGUGUGAGGCCCCAAAAUAUGCCCACCGUUGUAUGUAACGAAAGCCCCAGAAUUAGAACGGUCGAGGGCUACGCGCGGGAGCUGCAAGAGAAGCGGAGGGCGGAGCGCGAGGCCGAGGCCGCGCGGCAGGAGGCGGCUAGAGCGGCGGGAGAGCCGGACGUGCACUCGAGGAAGGGCCCUUCGAGCGGCGCGCGCGCGAAGAAGACGAACAUCGACUUUGCUGCCGUGCUCAAACCGAACGACACGUGGGACCGGGCGGCGUUGGAGGACCUUUUGAGCAAAUUAGAUGAUGAGAUCACGGCUAAAAAAGCCGAUUCUUCUCAUAGUUUCAAUUGGCCGGGCGGCAAUGUCAAACAUGUGUCAUCCUCGCUCAAUCCAUUGAUAGUAGCUGCCGGGGGCGAAGGUUACGGGAGGAAGAAAGGCCUCGAGCUCGCGGAACACUUUGCGAAGGAGCUGACGAAGAUCAAAGACGCCUGCGCGUGAUGGCGUGGCAGGGCGUGGCUCCCCCCCCCUCGAGGCCCUGUGAUAAGUAUAUGGUGCUAGGA